CACACAGCAUUCGAUGUGCGCCUCGGAGGUAGUUAACAGCAGUGUCCAUUGCUUCACGUUGAUCAUUCAAAAUUAAUUGAACCCUCCAUUAGUGCGGUGUUAGUUAACUAUUGAUGAUACCGUUGAUCAGAAAAUGCACCUGUUCGUGUUUUUGUGAAUCGUUCAUAAAAGGAUAAUUGAAUCGAAAUCGUGUGUUCUGUUGGCCAUUAAUAAUACGGGAGAUAUAAUAAUUCGAACACUAAACAGCCAGGUGCAAAUAAGUGAAACACAGACAGUCUUGUAAGGACUAGACAAAUUGAAGAGCUAAUAUACCAGUGACAAUCUAGCUUGUGAAAACUUUGUAAAGUGCAACAGUCGCCAAAAUAAAGCUCAAAAUGGAUGGUGCAACUGUGAGCCCCAUGCCAGAGGCUCCAUUAGCAAUGAUGGAGAUUGAAAAGACGCCACCGAGAAGCCCCAGUGCUCAUGACAUGCCACCACCGCCGGAUGAAAAGCGCUAUGACGAUGACGACGACCGGGUAUGGGAUUGUGGAGCAUGGUUCGAAUACAUUCUUGUAGUUGUGGUAUCUUCGAUACUCCUGAUCGCUGCAUCCGUGCUGACCAUAUUCUGGGUGAUAUACUAUCGAAAAGGUUUCAAUAUGGAUGACCCAAAGCUACAGUUCAAUCUGCAUCCAGUUCUAAUGGUUGGCGGUUACAUCACACUCUCCGGAUUUUCCAUUUUAUUAUACCGCAUUUGCCGUUGCUGUUCACAUUUGAUUGUAAAAUUGUGUCACACAUUUUUCCAUGCUUGUUCUAUUCCGUGCAUCGUUAUUGGCUUUCUAGCCGUUUGGGACUCUCACAACCAAACUCAAACGCCCAACUUCUACUCAUUGCACUCAUGGCUCGGCUGCAUCACUAUGGGAUUGUUUGCAUUACAAUUUGUAUUAGGAUUUUUUAGCUUCCUCAUUCUACUAUGUUGUGAAAACGCAACAUAUAAGUUCCGAUCAACUAUGGUACCGAUUCAUGCAAGUUUUGGAGUUGCCACAUUCAUGUUGGCUGUCGCCACAGCAGUUACUGGUUUGACGCAAAAGGCGCAUUUCGAGUUAGGGGACAGCUACCAACAAACCAUUGAAGAAGGAAUCAUCAUCAAUUCGAUCGGAGUAGUCCUAACAGGUCUUGGAAUAAUCAUUCCAUUCGCAGUACGACGUUCAAACUCACCGGCCAACUGCAAAGUUUAUGUCACCGAGCGUAUCUAAAUAUACAUAUAGAUUUUUUUAAUCAAAGAUUACUUGCAAUACAAGCAUGAUAUUUUGUUAGGUAUGCGUGUUAUUUAAAUAAUAAAAAAGUGUUAUAAGAUUUUUUGUUUUUUUUUUAUAUAAAGGCAUUGUUUUUUUGUUAUAUGUUUAUAUUAAAAUAUUAAUUAUAUAAAACGACCACUUGAAAAUAUUGUAGAUUUCAAAGCGUUCUAGCUGAAACCUUCUUUCCAUUCUGGAUCAAAAGAUUAAUAUUAUUGCAUGAUUAUACCCAAAUAAAAACGUAGUUUGGCGCUCAUUAAUACAAAUAAACACUUAUUCUCAAUCAAAAAUCCAUGCUCAUAUAUUCUAGCAUGUAGUAAAAAAAUAAAAUAUUAUUGCGAGAAGAGCAUCCAUUAUUACGUGCCAAAUAUUUUUAUUGAUAGUUCAAGUUGUUUUCUACGUACGUUGAUUAUUUGGAAUAAAUAUUUACAAAAUACAAAAUGGAACAUACAAUGAAGAAAUGUAAAACAGAAUUUUAAUGUCUCGUAAGCUAAAUUAAUGAAUAAAAUGCAAAAUAUUGUAUGUUUACAUGCCCCAACUAUCAUACCGUAUAUUUAUAGUGAAAAAAUAAUAGUAAUUACUAACGACAGCUAAAUUAAUCAUCGAAAUGAUAAUCGUCAAUAUUGCAAUUUGAAUUUGUCAUUUCUUAUCAUUAAAAAAACUUUAUUCGCACCGGUAACGCAUAGUUUGAAUGAUAUUUAUUCUGAGUUUCAGUUACCGUCGUUUGGGGUGACAUUGGUCCAUCGAUCCCACGCAUUCAAUAUAAGUCAGACGGUGGAUGCAAAGUACCUUAGAAUUAUGUAUUCUACAAGUUUAGCACACAAUAUGCAUUGAGUUGACCAAAAAAAGUUUCACGAAACCUACUGCAAGCCUAUCCAUAUACGUGAGAACAAAAGAUGUUUACAAAGUUCUUACAGAUAGAUUAACACGGGAAAUCUGAACACAAACCACUACCACACAGGAAUUUGGAUUGGUCAAUUGCCGUAGUAUCCUAUACGUGCGGAAUAGUGACCCAAUAUCACCCCGCUUUGGCCCAAUGACACUCCGCACGACAGUACACCUAAUUGCUUUUUCUUGCAUUCAAGAAAUAAAUUCAUUUAUAACUCUUACAUUGCCAAUGUUGAAAAGAUAUAUUCAUUCAAAAAGUGGAUUGGGAACAUUUUUCCCAGAUUUUAAUUUGGUUAUAAUCAACCUUUAUCUCACAUCUUCAUUCAUGAUAGUGCGUCAGUUGAUAAAAAAAAAUAUCCAAACAAUACAAAUAUAUUAAUAAUGAAGAACGAUAGCCAUCUCACACAUGUAAUCAUUAAUCAAAGAAAAUGUGUUCAUGUGCAAAUAAUGAAAACUUUUGGCUUUCAAAACGACAAGAAAUCUUGCUGAAAAUCAACGUCCACCAACAAGCGGGAUCCCACCAAAUUUUACAAGGAAUGUUCGGUGAGUUGAUUUCAAACCAGCAGAAUAUUUGAUAGAUAUUAUAUUGAACUAACAAUUUAAUGAGUCAAUCUUGAAAUUACAAUCGAAAUAAAAGAGCAAAAAAAAAAUUUCACAACCGUAUUACAGCAAUAAAAAUUUGUUUUAAAUGCGAAUAUACUAAUUCUGUUUUAUAAACAAAGAAAUGAGUGAAAAUUUUACAUCAAAACAAUUGAAUAAUAGAAGAUUGUAGCAUACAUGAAAUGAGUACUGUGAAUGAUUUUCUACGCGUGUCAACCAACACCAAACACAUGCCACGAAAAAUUAAGGAAAUAGCAACAAAUGACGAAUUAAAACAAUAUUAUUCACGAACGAACCAAACCACUAAUCCAAUAGUCUGGUUUUGAUUAAUCCAAAUCUGGAUAUCAAUACCAAAACUAGAUGUUUGCAAUCUUCAAAGCUUUUGUAACAGUUAAUCUGGAACUUUUGAUAUAAAACCCAUAAUAUGAUUCCCACCUUAAAUCUAUUUAAUAAGAAAAUUGUCAUCAACUCAAUUUUGCAGUAGUCCAAAAAUCAAACCAACGAGAAACCGCAUAAGAAAUGUAUGGAAUAUUGUAAACAUUACAAAAACGUAACUAAAGAUUUCUUUUCCUUUGAAAGGUAGAUCGGCAGAAACAUACGGUAAAGUAUUAGAUGUGAAGCGUAGUUUAAUAAACAAUACUGUAGUGAA